UGAUUGUGUGACUGAAGCAGCAUCAAACUCUUGGGCUCUUCUGGAAACUGGACUUUGGAGAAAUGAUGUUCAUCUCUGGACUGAUGCUGCUGCUGCAAACUGUUGCAUGUCUGGAUCGGUUCUGCAGGUUUAAUCAGUUUGAUCCCUGUUACGCAGCUCUGGGACACAAACUCAAUGUGCUGAUGCUGCUGAACACUAGUGGAUAUGAGAUGAAGAUACAAAAGAGAAUAAACUACAACAAAACAACUGAUCCAGUUUGUAGAGUAAAGAAUGACACGAUUAAAAAGAAUGAAUGUGAUCUUUAUAGUAACAGACCUGAAGUUACAGUCAUUAAUGGGACUCUGAUAAUAAACCGUGUGAUCAGAGCAGAUUCAGGGAAUUACACAGUAACUCUCUAUCACUCAGACGGCACAGACACAUCUACACAUCUUGAAGAUCUUGAAGUAAAUGUUGAAGCUCCUAUUGGCUCAGUGGAAGUGUCAAUCAUCUGCUCCUCCAGUGGGGUGAUGAGGGCGUCCUGCUCCUCUGAGGGCGAUCAGCUCCUCUACAGCUGGACUCUGAAUGGAGAUUCACUGACGGAUGGAAACUCCAGCAUUGAUCUGAAUGAGGGAACUGAUGGAAACAUCACCUGCAGUGUGAAGAACCACGUCAGUCACGGACAGAAGACCAUUAAUGUCAAACCCUGUCCUGGACCAACUACUGCAUCUCUGACCUUUACAGCAAAGGAUUCAGAAUAUGAGAAUAUGAGUUUCUCAUCAGGUGGUAUGAAUCCCACCAGCAUCAAUGCCAAUAAUACAAAACAGUCAGCUCCCUUAAUUGGGCUCUUAAAUCUUAAAAAGUGUCAUUAG